AAAAAACAGAACAGAGAGGGUAAUGUUGAGAACGGUGCGUUGUGUUCUGGGUGGAACGGGAUAAGGUGCCAAAUAGAAGAACGGGGCUUUAGAAAUACAGUAGAGACACAGAGACAGAGAGAGAUAGAGAGAUAGGGAGCUACAAUGUCAGCGUCAAUUUCGUUCCUUGGCACUGCAAUUGCGUCUUCCCAACAGCUAUGGCUGCGUCCCAAGCUUGUGGGAGUGACGACGACUCUAAGUCCAAGGCCUCAAUCUCAGUCUCUUGUUGUGGAAGCCAAAGCCACCACCAAAAGAGAAGACAGAACCGCCCGCCAUAUUCGUAUCAGAAAGAAGGUUGAAGGGACUCCGGAAAGGCCAAGGUUAGCUGUCUUCCGCUCCAACAAGCAUAUCUAUGCCCAAGUGAUUGAUGAUACCAAGAUGCACACACUUGCUUCAGCUUCAACAAUGCAGAAACCCGUCUCUGAUGAAUUUGAUUACACUGCUGGUCCUACCAUUGAAGUAGCAAAGAAGGUGGGAGAAGUGAUUGCAAAGUCCUGUUUGGAGAAAGGGAUUACAAAAGUGGCCUUUGACCGGGGUGGAUACCCCUAUCACGGUCGUGUGGAAGCCCUUGCUGAUGCGGCUAGGGAACAUGGCCUUCAAUUCUAAGAUUUGGUCGGACUUAAAUCUAUUUUGGAUUGAUGUACCCCUUUUUUUUCAGUUUUUUUUUGUAAAAGCUUGGGAUGGUAGAAUGUAUUAAUGUGUAAGCAGAGUUGCUUUUUCGUAGUCAAUUGAACAUUUGCCAAGAAGAGGCUUUCAAUUUACUUUAUUUAUGCUCUUGGUUCUUCUCA